ACAAGUCUUAAUAUGUUUAACGUGGAGAACAGUGAGAUGCAUAUUUGAUAAUUCACUGCCGUCUGCAUCAUCUCUAUAUUACAAAAUUUCAUUUCAACCGUUUACUAUUUAACUUAUAGAACAAAGGGAGUUAUCUUAGAUAACUUGUAAUAUGCUGGGAUAUGUUCCAAUUCACGAUAUAGGGAGAAAAAAGUGUCCAGAGCCCUUAGAAGAAAAUACUUUGAAUUUAAAUGUGACACAUACAUUGAACCCACGUGACACGCCAGGCAGGCAGUGGAAGUCAAGUGCAUUUGUUUUCGUUACAUCCAUCAGGGAGAUCUCUUUCACAAUUAUGGGAGAGGCCUGUUCUUCCACUCCCACAGCUGAAGUUUGGGACAAAGUUUGAGAAAAUCCCAGGCACCCGCGGCUCCUAUCGAAGCCGGCACAGGGCAGAGCGCAUCUUUCCAGGUUUCAGCCUUCAGAUUGCAGGCCUCUCUAACCCGCGGAGCGCCUGAGAAAUAAGAGCUAUUCCAAGGAGGGGCCCUGGGUCUUCACAGACGCUUCGUAAAGGUGUGCGUCCGGCCAAGGAAGGCUGGCGGCGCAGCGGCGGCGACAAGUCUCCAUACAUUCUUCAAGCAGUAGUGGCUGGGUCUGGGUACCCAACCGACCAGCCAGAGACGCCAGAGGCCAGAGAACGAAGUCGGAAGCCCGCGCCCGGAUACAACCGGGAUCCCACUUAGCUCCGCGCGGUCCCCGCCUCGGCCGGAAGGGGGCGUGGCCUCGGGCCGGCGCGGCGAGACCCGCUGCUGAGUGGGGGGAUCCUCCCGGGCCCCGGCCGCGCGUUUCCGGCGCGCUCCCCCGCGCCCUCCGUCCUGUGGUCUCGCCCGCCCCUGCUGCCAUGUUGGAUUGUGCGGCCGCCGCCGCUGCUGCGGGAAGGUUGGGGGAGGAGUUGGGAGUUUAGCGCAGUCGCCGGAGUGCGAGGACAACGACCAUCCGGCCCUAGCCUGACCCGGCGGGAGCUGGGAGCACCCUUCUCUCAGCGCGGCCCGAAGGUGGCUCGCUGUCAGCGCCUGCGUCCCUCGACCUCCUCCUCCUCCUCCCCGCGCCGGAGGAGCUGCGAGAUGCAGCGCCUCUGACUCCGCUCCUCCCAGACCCUGUCACCGAGAGGGGGAACGAGCUCUAGUCCACUCGCCGGAGGAGACGGCCCUGGACUCCCAGCCCCGCCGGCGAAACCAUGAGCUCCGUCCAGCAGCAGCCGCCACCGCCGCGGAGGGUCACCAACGUGGGGUCCUUGCUGCUCACUCCGCAGGAGAAUGAGUCCCUCUUCACUUUCCUCGGCAAAAAAUGUGUGACUAUGUCUUCAGCAGUGGUGCAGUUAUAUGCAGCAGAUCGGAACUGUAUGUGGUCAAAGAAGUGCAGUGGUGUUGCUUGUCUUGUUAAGGACAAUCCACAGAGAUCUUAUUUUUUAAGAAUAUUUGACAUUAAGGAUGGGAAACUAUUGUGGGAACAAGAGCUAUACAAUAACUUUGUAUAUAAUAGUCCUAGAGGAUAUUUUCAUACCUUUGCUGGAGAUACUUGUCAAGUUGCUCUUAAUUUUGCCAAUGAAGAAGAAGCAAAAAAAUUCCGAAAAGCAGUUACAGACCUCUUGGGCCGCCGACAAAGGAAAUCUGAGAAAAGACGAGACCCCCCAAAUGGUCCUAAUCUACCCAUGGCUACAGUUGACAUAAAAAAUCCAGAAAUCACAACAAAUAGAUUUUAUGGUCCACAAGUUAACAACAUCUCCCAUACCAAAGAAAAAAAGAAAGGAAAAGCUAAAAAGAAGAGAUUAACCAAGGCAGAUAUAGGAACACCAAGCAAUUUCCAGCACAUUGGACAUGUUGGUUGGGAUCCAAAUACAGGCUUUGAUUUGAAUAAUUUGGAUCCAGAAUUGAAAAAUCUUUUCGAUAUGUGUGGAAUCUCAGAGGCACAACUUAAAGACAGAGAAACAUCAAAAGUUAUAUAUGACUUUAUUGAAAAAACAGGAGGCGUUGAAGCUGUUAAAAAUGAACUGCGAAGGCAAGCACCACCACCUCCACCACCAUCAAGGGGAGGGCCACCGCCUCCCCCUCCCCCUCCGCACAACUCAGGUCCUCCUCCUCCUCCUGCCAGGGGAAGAGGCGCUCCUCCCCCACCGCCUUCAAGAGCUCCCACAGCUGCACCUCCACCACCGCCUCCUUCCAGGCCAAGUGUAGCAGUCCCUCCACCACCGCCAAAUAGGAUGUACCCUCCUCCGCCUCCAGCCCUUCCCUCCUCAGCACCUUCAGGGCCUCCACCACCACCUCCAUCUGUGUUGGGGGUAGGGCCAGUGGCACCACCCCCACCACCUCCACCUCCACCUCCACCUGGGCCACCGCCCCUCACUGGCCUUGGCCUUUCUUCUGACGGGGACCAUCAGGUUCCAACUACUGCAGGAAACAAAGCAGCUCUUUUAGAUCAAAUUAGAGAGGGUGCUCAGCUAAAAAAAGUGGAGCAGAACAGUCGGCCAGUGUCCUGCUCUGGACGAGAUGCACUGUUAGACCAGAUACGACAGGGUAUCCAACUAAAGUCUGUGUCUGAUGGCCAAGAGUCUACACCACCAACACCUGCACCCACUUCAGGAAUUGUGGGUGCAUUAAUGGAAGUGAUGCAGAAAAGGAGCAAAGCCAUUCAUUCUUCAGAUGAAGAUGAAGAUGAAGAUGAUGAAGAAGAUUUUGAGGAUGAUGAUGAGUGGGAAGACUGAUCUAUAUAUUAUAUAUAUAUAUAUAUUUUUAAGGUGAAAUACUAAACACUACUUUCUUUCUGUGGAUUCUGUAAAAUUAUCAUGUAAAUGUUCUACCAAUUUGCUGUAUAUUUUUGUUGCCUUUUUUGCUUUUUUUUUUAAUUAAUCUGUGCAAUACCUCAUUUAAUCUGUAAAGGUUUGUCAUAAUCCUCUACAAAGCUACUCCCUGUUAUUGUGUGCAAGUUUACACCAGGAUGCUCACUUGAUUUGUGAAUAGUUUUCAUUCCAUCAACAAGGGAGUUUAAAUACUAUAUGUGAGACUGACAAAAACCUUAAUGUAAUUUACUUAUAAUGCCAGAAGGAAAACACUAUUUUCAUACCCUACUUUUUCUGUACCUAAAUUUUCUUAAAAAAAAAAAAAAUCUAGUAUAGCACUACAUUCUUUUUUAAGUGAUGCAAACCUUAGUUUCUUUAGCCCCUUUAUUUUGAAUACAACACUACAUAUGAAUGUUGAAGCUGAUACAUUGCACAGUUCUCUAGACAUCACUAUACUGAUGCAGUUUCUCAAAUUUUAGCAAUAUGCUCUACAUAAAAUCACUACAGAGAUACUAGUGGGGAAGAUGAGUGACACACCUCUUACAGCAAUACUGCCUGUUAUUGGGAUAGCAGUGGUAUUUGCAGGCUGGAAUCAUAAGGAGCCCUUACAUACUUGUUAUUGACUAAGGUUAUUUUGAUGCUGUUAGCAAAUGUGGCAGGCCCUUUUUGGCAAAAUUUUUGAAAUUUUUUUUUGGUAUUAUUCUGAAACAAAAUUUAAGUUGAAGUUUGGGGGAUUUAGGGAGUACUUUUCAUUAUACAUGAACUGAAGUCAUAUUAUGGUUACUCCAAUAUUUGGUUAAAAAAGCUAUACAAAUCAGAAUAGUACUAAAGUAGUGUGGAAUUUCAGCAUUUUUAUUUUGCACUUCGUGUGGAUUGAGGUAUUCAAAAAUACCAACUGUGAAAAUCUAAUCUAGUUGGCAAAGAUAUUCACUGAAACCAGGACCUCACAUGCAUUUAUUUUGAUAAUUUUUGACGAUUUUUGUCAAAUAGCAAGUGAAGGGUUACAUUUUUUUAAAAAGAUCAGUGACCCCAGUGUCAAAUUUCUUGGAACACAUAACCGAGUGAUAGAUUCUUUUUAAAGAUAAAACUUUACAACCUGCUCAUUUGUUAUGUAUACUAAAUGGUGUGUUAAAAAUAGGGUUUCUUUGCCUCUCUGCAAUACACUAAUCUGCCAAAAGGUGGUUGUUUCAUAUUUAUAAUGCUAAUUAUCAUACCUACCUACUUUAAAUUUUAGGUAGAAAAUUAUCUGAUUUAAAUACAGACAUAUUUUUCUCACAUUGAGUCAUAUGCAUAAUGUAGUUCCAAAUGUAUUUCAUUACUUAGUCGCAAUAUCCAACUAAAAAUUAUGCUAUCUAGAACUGUACCGACCAAAUCUAGUAUUGGCAGAUCUUGACAGGCUGGACCUGCAAGAUGUGGCUUGAAUUUUAACCAUUUAUUACAUAAUCUAUAGUGAUCAUGCAUCUAGUUAUCAUAAGAAAUAAUUUAAAAGGUUUUGUUGCUGAAAGCAGUAAGUGGUGCAGUAAAAUAGUUAAGUUAUUCAAAGAAUGUUAUCUUUCUUGCAAGAGUAAUUUAAGCACAUGGGAGGAAAGAUUCUAGACUUUUUGUUUCUUGCAACAACAGUGCCCUCUGCUGCUAGAAACCUUUUUCUACUUACUAUCAUUUUUAUUGUGGCUUGAGCUCAGUGAAUCUGGUGCAGAUGAGGCUGAACAGCUACUAACCAAUAAAAUCAGGAAUUUGUACAAAAGUUAAAUGGGAUAUUAUAAUUAUUUUAAGUAAUGUUAAUUUUUUUUUCUUUUUGACAAUAUGAAAACAUUUUAAAUUUCCUAGAAAUGUCUUCAAGGUAAUGCCAAUUUAAGAUCUCUGUUAACUUUUGGCCAAGGAAUUCAAGAUUUUCGAGCUAACUCUGGUAUAACAAAUAUUUAUCAGGAACUUGUCUCAGCAGAGAGUAUCCAUUCUUUGAAGUCGAAGCACAAUUUUGAACAUGUAAGAUAGAUAUAUAAUUUGCCAAAGGUAAUUGAAUUUAUUCUUUUUUUCUUAAAGAAAAAAAAGACUUUGGUUGUUGUUGCACAAAGUCUAAAUUACUAUUGGUUGAAACACAGCAGCUGUGGAGUUCAGUCCAGGCAUGAAGACUAAAUCUGCUUUACCAAGUAAGGUGUAAGGUUGCAUGUUUCAGUCCUCUACCAUCUUGCACUGUGAGCAGCACUAUACCUGUGCGUUGUCUGAAAGCCUCUGUAUAUUCUCCAGCUAUAUGGUUGUCUGGUAGCCUUUGCAUUUAACAAACUAGCAUGAGGCUUUUUUUAUAUCUAAAUGCUACGUGAUAGACAAUUUCAGCUAGCCACAUAUUGUAUGUAUGAGAUUCAUAAAGACUUUCAAUCAUUUCAUUUUCAAACAACUGAAAUUUUGUUUAGUAUGUGAAUUUUUUUUUUUUUUUUUUGAAAUGUAUAGUGAAUAGGAUGUUGCACUGGUGGCAAUUCAUCAUGGAGCAUAAUAAAAUUAAUUUGACCCAAUAGUAUAAAAUAGUGUGUUUUAUUUGUUUAUUGUUAAGAGAGUAACUUUAUAGCAAAGGGUACACAGCAGUCAAUGAUAGUGGUUGAUGUUUUCAGCAGACUGCAUGCCCUGAGAGUUAGAGUGUGCCAUUAAAUAAACAUGGUGAGCAGAAGAAUGUUACACCCUGUUCUGUUGGGAAACAUGACAGCUGCUCAGCAGCUCCACUAGAAGCCACUGCUGUGGUUAACAGAGCAUUCACAUUGCAAGGUCAAACUGUUUGGAACUCUUCCACAUACCAAAAAUGUUGAUGUUUUCAAAAGAAGAGUAAUACUGGAGUUUACUGGUAGUUUCAAUAAAUGCCAAAUAUACCAGUUUGUAUGGGACAUAAGUAGCUUUUAAUAAGUGGUAUCAAAGAGGGUGCUCAUUUUAAAUAGGAAACUAUUUUUGAUAAAUAGAAUUUUCUGUUUCACUGACCCUGGCACAAGUGGGUGUCUGAAGAUUAAACUGAGUUGGGGAAUUCAGAGUGUAGGAUGCUACAAAAUUCCUUUUAAGAGCCUUGUUCAAAUUUAACAUCCAUUUCAAGAAUAAUACGUUCUAUUAAAAAGUUGUUUCUGUUGUACAAUUGUGAAUACUUAAGAAUGUCUUAAAUUUUUAAAAGAAUUGUUUUAAAGAGAAGUGAAAUGUGCCUAAGAAUUGUUUCUGUCACAUUUUUAUCUAAUCAACAGAGGGGAUUCUUGAGAUAACUCUGCUUUAGGAAUGGAGUUCCUAAAGGACAAGUAUGGAGAGAAGGCUUAUUUAUAGUACAAUGGAAAAUCCUGUAUGGAAAAGUUGCAAAAUUUUACCUUCUACAUUUGUUGGUAUUGUCAUAUCUCACCUCCAAAACACAGCAUUCUUUAAAAUCUCUUGGUCAUUUAUUUGUGGAUUAAAAAAAAAAAACUUUGCUUUCUAGGGAAGCCUCUGGGAAGGAUAUAAUACACCAUUACAAAUAUGCUAGGGAGCAUGCUUUGCAGCUAUUGCCUUUACUUCUGUAUGUGAUAUGUAGCAUCCUCCAUUGCCAUGAGGAGCCUAUUGAAAAAUUUGUCUCCAGAUGCAUCUGCCAUAUGUUUUUCUAAAAAAGAAAAAAGCAUCACAGAUUGUGUUAACUGUUGAUACAGUAUUUACCGUUACAUAAGUCCAUUGUAACUCUAAAUUUGGCCAUGCACACCAUUAUCAAAACUGGCAAAUCAAGAUGUGAAUAGCACGUAAUUAUUUUGAGUAAAGCAUAACAGAUUGUAGUUUAUAGGUGGUUUUCAGUUUAAUCAGAUAUUUGUGUAUUGGGGCAUUUCUGGUAAAUUUGAAGUAGUCCCUGAAUAACAACCACAAAAAAAAAAUCUGCCUCAGGAUUUUUUAAAAAAUGUUUCUAUUUAAGAGAAAGUUGAAUUUCAGCAGUAUCAGAUUGCAUUAUUGAACUUGAACAAAACACUAUUGAAUUGGUUGGCAUUUCAUGACCUAAAUUUUGUCUUGUCUUAGUGAUUACUAGAUGUGUGUAGAUUUUCAUCAAGGCCUAAUUCUAAGGAUUUUUAAAGCAUCAGUAUCACCAUAUUUAAAUAAUUAUGAACUAAAUAUGUGGUGGAUCUUAAGAUAUGACAGUGGAGUAGGAUAGGUCCCCACCCACAUCUACAUCAUUUAAAAUACUUAUUUCAUAAAUGAAAGAUGUUUGGAGACCAUUGAGUGAUAUGAGAACAGAAGCACAUGGACGUCACCAAGCCUAUUUUCUGAUUUCACAGGUGAGGGUAGUCAUUCAUGUUCACAGGGCUUGUGGGGCCUGCCUGAGGUUAAUUAGAACUAAUAGUAGAAGUCAGAUCUGACAGCUGCUCUUUUUCAUGUACCUUAAUCCUAUUGUAUUCCUUUCUUUUUCUUAAAUUAAGGAUAAACUGCAGAUUUAGUUUGUUUCUGAAAGGUGUAUGGCCGCAAAUGUCACCCUUCCUCACUUAUCAUCUGGGUGUUGGAAGAAGCACCUAACAUUCUGUGUCCAUCUCUAGCCAGAAAAGCUGGCUGGCUUUGAGGAGCCAGCCUCUGACCCUGAUGCAUGUGAUUGUAUUUUGGCUCAAUGGUGGCAGUCACCCUACAUUGCCCAAGCAUUUGGUCAUCACAGGGCACUUCUGUCAUCUAGUACAGAGUUGAAACGAGGUUGAGCUUUUCAUUCUACAUUAAAUUAUUUUUGUUAGUUUGUUACAGAUGUAAAUAGGCAUUGUUUUUACUUAGACAUAAGUAUUUUAUAAGUCUUUACAAUCAACAUGUCUGACAGAAUAUUAGUUUGAGAACAUAUUAAUCUUUCUGAAUAAUUUUUUGAUCAACAGCUGCACUGUCAAUUUAAAGAGCGGGAGUUCUUCCAAGGACCGCAAGGACAAACAAUGCUUCAAAUCCAGCUUCCUGGCUUUAUUAUUGAUGGGAGAGGGGGAGAUCCUAACUGGGUUCCAUGUACUUCAACCUUACUGGAAAAGAGGCAGAAAAAUAAAAUGUGAAUCUUGUAUUUGUGAUGUUGAAAGAAACAAAUGAAAAGGCAUUAUCAUGUCCAUUUAACUAUGGGAAAACGAAGGUGUUCGUGUCUCAAUUCUAUAGUUGUCUUAAGGGCAAGUAUAAUUUAGGUCCUUAAAUCAGCGUCUGACCUAAAAAGAAACAACUUUUUUUUUAAGCUAGGUUGAGAAUCUAAGGAGGCAGGGAAUGGAAAGGAGAGUUUGUGUUUAUAAGCAUGUUUUGGUGAUCGGGAGAAAGCUCAGCAAGUAGAAUUAAGAAAUACAUUUGAAUCUCCAUUUUUAGGAACGAAAACUAGUUCUACAGGAAGAAACUCAUAUUUGUUUUUUGUUUGUUUAUUGAGCAAGGAUGUGAAUGCAUAAGGACCAAACUUUUUCUUAAUUGUGUUAGCUAAAGUUCAAAACUACACUCGACCAUUCAAGUAUAAGGGAUUUUUCUUUCCUUUUUUUUUUUUUUUUUUUUUUUUUUUCUGAACUUAGCUGUAGAUAUAAGCAUAGCCUUAGUAUUUCAAUCACUUCCUUUCCAAGCCACCAGUAAAUGGACCUCACGGUUCUAUUUAAGUGGCUUUGCUUUGGCCGUGGUUGAUAUCUGGGUGCUGUAGAACAUGCUUAUAAUGGACUUGCUGCCCAGAGAUGUUUAGGAAGUUCAAGUAGAUUCUGAGCCAGAUAGUUGCUUUAGAUCUACACCAGUGCCCAAAAGUUCUGUAGCCAACAUACUGCACUAACUUGACAUGGUUUAGACCAGUUAGACUGUGCAAAGAGAGAGAGUCUGCGUACUAUCAGAGCCCAAAUUUAGCACCCUGUUUGCUUUAGCACUUGUAUCACUUUGUUUUCCAAAACUCAAAGCAGCAGAAAAACUGAUUUGUUAUGGGAAUCACUCUUAUUUUUCAUGUGUUUUUGUUUCCAAGCUGUCUAAAUCAUACUAACCAAGAUUAUUAGACUAGCUUAGGAAACACAAAUAGAUUGUCCAUUUGAGUUCAGUUUUGAUUCUGUAAAGACUUUGCAAAGCCAACUUCACUAACCAUUAUCACUACUAUUAAAUAGUAUUUGAUAGGUUGUUGGAAAAGAUAGUUGCCCUUUCCACUGCAUGGCAGGCUAACACUUCAGUGUAGUCUCAUCUUUGAAUCUUGGUGUUGCUUUGUGAUAUUAGGAUUGCUAGUAUCACAAUGAUCCUACAUAAGAUCCCACAUACUGAUCCCACAUAAGAACUACUUGACAUAAUAAACUUGGGGUCUUUCAACUUGUGAAAAACUAUCGCUGUAUCUUCACAUUGGUAAGAUUUUCCACAAAAUUGAGGCUAAGGAUAGGCAUUGAAAAACUGUAGAGGAAUUUUUUGAAGGGUUUCCCCAGAAAGCUUUUAAAUAUACAUGUUUCUUAAAUAUUAAUGGUAAAUGGUGACUAAAGCAAGAAAGAAACAUAAGGAAAUGUUCUCCUAUAUAAUCGAGUCAUCAGAAAUUUCCAGAAAUAUGAUUUUCAAAGUCAAUGGAUUAAAUGAACUUGAAUGCAAGUAUUAGUCUAAUGUCCAAUACUAAAGCAAACUAUUUUAAAUGAUUAUUACUAUAAGUUGGAAAUAGAUCCCAGAAUAAAACAAAUCUCUCAUUCUAUAUAGUAAUACAUCUCUAAGAUCAUGUCACUACAUAAUGCUAAGACCCAUGAGAAAUCAGGCAUUUUUCUUUUUUUCUUCUGUCACUUUCUUAGAAAGUUUUUAUAGUUUAUUAAGUUCCCUUGACACAGUAGGAUUUGGGAUAGAACUUGUGCACACAACCAAUUAUGAAAGAAUGGCAACAAUGCAUGCAUUGGUGGAGAAGUAAAGGACAGCUGGAAAAGCUUGACACACUGUUGGGGAGAUAUAAUGAUGAGUGUACCAACAGCUGAGGCCACUUCCAAAUGUGCAAAAACACAAGGUCUGCGUGAGCAGGUCACUGGAGAGGCCAGUCUUGGAGCUACUUGAUGUUAUUUAGAAAUUGUCUUAGUAUGCCUGGGCAAGAACAUUUAUGUAUAUUGAUGUAUAUAAAAUAUUUAUAGAUAGAUCAUGACCUGUGGAGAUUUAAAACAACUUGGUAAGUACAAAGAGAAGGAAUUAGUGCAUAAAUUAUUCUGUGGCUUAGUCCAUUUAGGUAGAGAAAUAGCUUUUUAUCUAUAGGUCAUUAUUCUUGUGAGGUUUAUGUGACUGUACUCAGCAUCUAAUCUAAUGAGAAAAUGUUGGUAAAACAAAAGGGUUGAGAGGAGAUUUAUGUUUGUGAUUGUUACCCACAAGACCGAUAAUGGGCUCAGUGGUGUAAACAGGCUAGUUGAAAGAUUUGGUGACUACAGGCUGUUUUAUGCAGGAUGGUUCAUAUCAAAUUGCUGCAUAAUUUAUUUCUAAAUAUGAGAGUUUUAAGUCACUGAUGUAAUAAAUAAUUGCAUAUCCUUUAAUCUUUUUGUCAAAGCUAAAUCAUCUAUUAUAAUUGAGAAAAGGGGCCAUUAACCAUGGAAUUUUGGACAUGCAGAAGUCUCUGUGUCUAACGUGCUACUGAGAGAAAAUGUAGGUACAGGUGGCAUUUUAGAUGAAUAUUUCUUCUGGAACAACUGGCCUGCCUAAAUAUGCACUUUGGCAAUGGGAUCAGUCAACUUGCUAGAGCUGUUCCGGCUCUAUUCUGGAGGAACAUAAAUAGUGCUUUAUAAAAUUCAAAAUGUAGAAAACUUUUUUUCUCAAGUGUUUGGUUUCAUGACCUAAAUUUCUAAUGGCAUUUUUUUCCCCUGCAGCAUCUCAAAAGAUAGAAACUGCACGAUGUUGAACAGAAAACUAGAAGAAACAACAGGUUUGAGAGAAUUAUGGCAUUGCUUCUCAGUCUUCACUUACUGUCUCUCUUCAAAGCAUUGCUUUACUUUUUCUCUAAAUAUUAUGGGAAUAGCCUUCAUUCUGCUUAUCCAAUGCAAUUUUGUUUUAUAGUUCCUGCCAUUCCCUCCUACUUCCAUCCCUUGUUACAACAAUGAGUACUAAUUUUCAGGUGCAGGUACUAAGAGGGCAAUGUAGCGGGGAGGGGAUAUAAAAUACACAGAGAAGGAUUUGUUUUUUUGUGUGUGUGGGUUCUAUAACUUGCAAGUGAAUAGAUACUGGAGGAUGGGACGCACAGUGAAAGUUUCAUGGACUUCCUGUUAGUAAUAACAAGAAUACCUUCAAAUAUUUGUCCUGCUUUGCAGUAGCAAUAUGUGUGUGUAUCAGUCCAUAGUGGUGUUUUUCUAAUAACACCUUCCAGAGGGCACAGUUGAGCCACUUAGUUUGCAUUUCCCAGUGUAGACUGCUCUCUGACUUCCUCAGGGUGGCAUCUUCUUGCCCUGUCUCCUUUCUACAGAGGUGGCUGUAUGGGCUCUCACCUAGUUUCAAACCAGACUACUUUUUUAUGACAGUGAUGAAGCCAUUUAGAGGGGCUUCCAAAAGUCCCAUGGCUGUUAUUCACUCCACUCCCAGACCUUUUGUCACCAAAAUAUUUUUCUUUGAGGAAAAUCAUGUUGAAAAGAAUUCUCAUAAUACUAACUAGUAUUUAUUGGAGUGCUUAUUAAGUGUUGCGCAUUACAUGAAAUGGUUUAUAUGAGCAAGAUAUCCCAAUAUUUCAGCCAAGGCAAAUGAAACUUAGAUUAAAUAAUUUGCACACAGUUAAGUAGCUAGUAAGUGGCAGAGAUUGGGCUUCAAAAUCAAGUCUGUGUUAAUACAAACCCUUCACCACUAUAGUAUCCUGCCUACCAGUUAGCAUUAAGACACCAGAGAUGAUCUGGAUGCAAUAAUAAAAUGGUUACUCCAGUAUCUACUUUAAAUGUGGGAGGCUUGGGAUUUUUCUGCUUAUGCAGAAAAAUAUGAAAUCAUGCUCUGAUUAAAAAAAAAAAAAAAUGCAACAGAAAGGAAAAUACAUUAUAAUCAUGCAACUAAACUAGCAGCCACUAAGGCAAGUUUCGAGAUUAGGAUAGCCCCAGAUUUUUGGAGUACAUGAAUAGAAUUUUAAAAAUAUUUUCUAUGGUUUGCUCAUCCCUUAUUCCCAUUCCCUACUUCAUCACCAAUGAAGUAUUUUUUCCACUUGAAAGAUUAGGUAACUGGUAUGUUUGAGUAAUCCCACAUGCUUAAUAAAUGAUUACAUAAGAAUUUAUUUGGCAUUACCUCAGAGUUUUCUCUGUGAAUUUAGAGUAAUAUCUGCCAAUGUGUCUUCUUAAGUAUUUCCUAUUUAUUUCAUACUUAUGAGUGAACCCAAUGGUGAGUUUUAAGGAGGUCAGGAACAACUUGGAUUUGUUGCUUUAAAAAAAAAAAUUGUAUUUCUUUGAAAACAGCUUUUAUUAGUGACAGCUUC